AUGCAAAGUAACUGACGAAUCUAUUAACAUUAGCCUAUUGAUAUGGAGCCAUUACUUUAUCUACCUUUAUCUAUCUAGCUGUAUAAUAAUGUGAAUUCUGAAUUGGUCCAUGAAUGUAAGCCUCAGCAUGUGUGAAGGAGAGAGAGAAAUUAGAGAGAGAUGGGAGGGGCGUGAGGUACCAAAUUGUAUGUUGAGCGUCCGGAGCAGGUUCGCUUGACCCUGAUUAGUGAAAAUUCAUGAAAGUAGAUUAACCGCACUGAGAGGGAUGAGUGAAUUCCGAUUGCUAUCGUAACUUUAGGAUUAAUUUAUUGACUUUUAAUUGACGCUUUCGCGGUGUUUGUGGUGUAAUAUGUGACAAGGGGGAAGCAGGAGCUUACAUCUACGGAAGUCCUCUAAAGACCUCUUCCUGUUUCAAACCCCCUUCAUCCUCCCUUCUUCCCCCUCCCCCGUGUACCGUUCCGCUUUUCACCCUGUCUUUUUUUUGUGACCUCUCCAUCAUCCAUCCACCAUCUUCUAUUUUGUUCCAAUCUUGUUCCCUGUAACUCCUGUAUCCUGCUGUGGAUACUCUCUACCAAUUGUGUGUGUUACAUCUAUUGUAUGUCUGUGUCGGUGAGAAACCCGCCACAGCGGCGGCGAUCUCUGGGUCCCGUUUCGCCAAAACGCAUCUACAGAAACCUGUCGGUCAGGCUGAGGGGCGGAGAGUCCUCUUUUUCCGGAGAGACAGACAUGCCGAAACAUUCAUGCAAGGCAACUCACACAUAUAAGAACCUGUGGGAGGCAGUGGAGAAUGAGGACACCCUGGCGGUGCAAAGCCUGCUAUUCAGGGACAGAGUGUGUGGCGGAGGAGGAGGACGGGAUAAAGAGAAGAAAGAGAAGGACUGGGAAAGAGAGAGGGAGAAAGGUGUAAACAGAGUGAGUGAGCAGGGCCUGGUACCUCUGGACGUGGCUGCUCUAACCCAGAACUCCCCUCUGCUGCACGUGUUGACAAAGGCAGGAGCCAGACACAACCCCUUCUUGUGUCUUCCAGCGGAGUGGUUGUGCAAGCUGGAUGCCCUGGUGAUGUUGGCCGACAGGCAGGUGGAGGACAGGAGGGAGGAGCUACUGGGUGGAGCAGGGGCGGGGCCACAUGUGCAGACCAACAUACGGAGGCAGCUCCACCUCUGGACUCUGCGGCAGCAGCUGUACUGCAGGAUGAGGGAGAGCUUCCACCGCACAGACCUCCCUGGCCCUCCAAGUAGUGUUUCACUGUUUGUGACCAGUGCCUCUUCCCUGUUUGUGUCCAUUCGAGAGCCAACCGGUAUCGCCACUGGAUUGAUCACACGCUACAGAGUGGAAUGGAGCACCUCUGCCAACUUCAAGAGCAUACUUGGCUCAGCCCAGGUGAUCGACACUAAGACCCCAGUCCACAGCAUCACAGGACUCACGACAGGAAUGCACUACUUUGUGAGAGUGACCGCCUACAAUGUGAAGGGAUGGGGCCCGGCUCAGAGCUCCAGCCCAGUCAGUGCUGCCCCCUCCAGCUGGAGGGAGUGUAUGGGAGUGAAAAGUCCAAGCAGGAACAAGGAGGCUCUAGCCAGGAGACUGUUGGAGCAGACCAGAGAGCCACACUACAAGGGAUACUGUAUAGAGAGCUCCAAGCCCCAGAGCCCCAGUAAGCGCCUCUCUAUGUCUCGCAGCCUGAAGCUGCUGUUCCAGUCAGCCACCAAGUUUGUCCGUCUCCUACAGAGGGGUGUAUACCUGGCAACUGUGUUCUACAAAAAGGAAAACAUCCUGGUCACAGCAGAUGACCAGCUCCCAUUGGUGGAGAUCCAGUGCUGCUCCACCUCCAUCUCUCAGGACUUCCUUUGGUUUGCCAAGUUGUCCUGUGCGUGGCAACAGGUGCCCUGGCUCCAGCAGGCCCUCUCCUCCGCUCUCUCCUCCUCUUCAUCACUACUUCAGAACAGGCACAAUAUCUUGCAGGCUGUAGCACAACUACAGUCCUCUCUGGGGACAGUAGACUUGGGGCAGUUGUACUAUGAGCCUCUGAAGGACAGGCAGGGUAAUGUCCUGCUAGUGACAGUGAAGGAUUGUGCGGCCCACACAAAACCCCCGGACCUCCCUCUCCACUGGGUCCCCCUGGCCUGGCUGGAGAAGAACCGGAGCAGGACUCCUCUACUCCCAGAGCCUACUGCCAUGGACACCCUCACAGAGCAGCUCAAGGAGAAGCUGUCCUUCCACAGACGCAGUGUCCAGUGGGCCCAGCCUGGCCUGUACGUGGGCAUCUUGAAGCUGUGCAGCACAGUGGAGCAGAUCAGGGUUCUAGUGCCCCAGAGGCUGCCCAACCUGCUAAGCCACGCCAGAAUGCGCCACAAUCCCCAUGUGUCCCGCGAUGAAUGGGUGUGGUUACAAAGCCACAACAUGUUAACAGCCAAUGAGGACACAGAGGGUGAGGAUCAGACCUCGAUGGACAGCUCUGGGCUGGGGGAGUUUGUGAGGUCACUCAGAGCUGCUGUCACUCUCUUGUUGACAAAGCUCAACAUCCCCCUCUACAGGGCAUAUCAGUAUGGUGUGUACACUCGGGAGCUGCUGCAGUUUGGGGAUAAGAUGUCCAUGCUGCUCCUGCUGCCCCCCAGUGAAGACUUCAGUUCUAGCUACUGGCCCUUAGUGGGCACCAAGGAACCAGGCCUCACAAUGCCACUGCAGAUCUUUGAGCUGGUGCACUUCUGGACGUACGAGCAAGACUUCCUGUCUCAGUACUGUCAGGUCUGGGUUCGGUUGGAGCUGGACGCCCAUCUGUCCCAGCAGGCUUUGCGAGAAGCGCUGGACACGAAGGAGGUGCAGGAGGCCAGAGACCGUCUUGGUCACAUCACUCAGCUCUCACAGAGUCUUGAGGUGGUGUGGCGUGAGGCCCGGUGGAUCAUGGAUGUCCUGCAGUGUGUCCGCUCUAAACAGUGGGUGGGGGCGGUGCCUCUGGGCCUGGUCAUGGGAGGAGACCCACCUGCCUGCCCAGACGAUGAGGAGGAUGACAGGCCUAUCACCAGAGUCUGGCCCCAGCGCAUACUCUCUCAAAAGAAAAUAUCAGAGAGCAUUACCUGUACUGUUACAGACAUUGGUGUCAGCAGUGGGAUCUCUGAGCCAAUAUGUAUCCCGGGGGUCCAUGAAAAGGCUGUGGGUUUAAUUGAGGGGGCUAGCAAAGGGGGGUACCCCGUGGACCUCAGUGCCCAACAGCCGGUUGUGGCGUUCAACAGCCUGUACCAGUCAGGGGUUGGAUUCGACAGUGUGGCCCAAUCAGAAGUGGCAGAUCAUGACAUUGUGAACCUGCCAGCUGCCUACAGUGGAGAACUGGAAUAUCCUCACAGUUUUGUCAGGGAUGUGAUCCCGCCUCUACCAGAGCUGGACAUCAUCUUCCCCACACUGAGUCUGAUAGAUGAAGAGAGGGAGGAGGACCCUGUACCUGGGAGGAUGGAUAUGCUUGACAGUUUAAGUCUUGGAGUCGGUGAAAGCGAGGCUUUCUUUGGACUCAACUCUGACUUGAUGAAUGGACCUAAGGGUUGCUCUCUCUCUGAUGUGCAUCAUGAUACGAACUCACUGACAGCAGGUCUUAGUUUAGGAGACAGAACCUGUGCAGAUACACUGUUCUCAGGUCAUUUAGAUGGGCUGGCCACAUCUGCCCCUCUUCCCAUUGUGAGGACCACACCUGCCCAGAGCUGGGAUUUACCUACAGAGGACACUAUGAUACAUGCUGGCAACAGGGGGGGCAGCAUGCCAGCCAGGAGCCAGGUUGAGUGGGUGAACUCCUCUAACCAGGCAUCCUGAUGUAUCCAGAUAUUAUUUUAACUGAACGUUACACCAAAAUACAUUGCACUUACUCAUCGUGCCUCUCGAAGAAUUUGACAACCAAUUCUCAACAAAUUCUUAAUAUACUUUCAGUGCCUUUAAGCGAGUGUGGCAAACGGUGGGAUAUUCAUGGUUGUUUUCUCAUCACAUUAUCUUACUCUCUGUAGUUGUUCCAGUGGUGAUAUAAAGGGCAUGUCUCCAAGAGGCCCGCUAGACAUGUUCUGUGCUUCUGUACGCGAGAUGUCUCCCUGUUGCAACUUGUAUUAAACUGAAUUGAUGUAUGAUUGUCUAUAUCCACAACUGCUAUUCUCUUUUGUUCAAUGUAAAAUACUCUUUACCAUAUUAUACUCUAUUAACCUGUUGCCCUUUUGUCCUUUUAACACACAACUAGGCUAGCUAGUCUACAGUAAAAUCAGUUGAAUGGU